UGAGCCGCAGAGGUCAAAGGUCGUAGCUGGGCAGUCUGGAGGAAAAAAAAAGACUACCACGACUUCAUAACAAAAUAUGGGUGAAAAUGAAGAAUUUACCGAGUAUUUAGAAGACAGCAAGGCCGCAUACGUACUCAGCAAUGUUGCGGAAGUGGUCGAGCGAAUCCUGACGUUCGUACCGACCAAAUCGCUGCUGCGGGUCGCGAGGGUGUGCAGACUGUGGAGGAACUGUGCCCGUAGGGUGCUGAGGACUCAGCAGCAGCUGACCUGGGUGUCGGCCUGCGGGCCGUCCGCCUCAGGGGCCCAUGUCCUCUGCGGCAUCCUGGCCGAGGAGGUGGAGAAAGUGUUUCUUCUUCCCAAAACGGUUCUGACAAUAGUAGACAUUGAAAACUUCACUGGACGACCUGAUUGCAGACAAAAUAAAGUAAAAAAGAAUCGCCACAGUCCAGACAUGGUUGAAGAGCUGAAUAUGCGCUUCCCGAAAGGCUGUGACAUCAUGGGUAUCACCACGCCAGGAAUAGUCUUGACUCCCAGUGGCUCCUGCUCCAGCCUUCCUCGGGAGUACCAGGAGGGGGAGGCCGGCUUUGCAAUCAUGUUCCCCAGCAUAGAAGGUGUCAACAUCAAGCCCUUUCAUUUUUGCAAGAAGUCCAUUUGUCCGACGGCUCUGAAAGAAGCGGGGCUAGUUGACAACCCGGAGCUGCGCGUGGUACUGCUCUUUGUAUAUGAGGCAUAUAAAUCUGGAGGAGUACACUUCCUCAGCCAGAUACUGGAGCCUCUGGCCAAGAGCAAAGCUCUCAUUGCAGGAGGGCUCGUAGAAACGGCUUUCUCUCCUCCUAGACACUGCUGUAGCGAGGGGGCUUUCGGCGUGGUGGGUCUGGCCUUGAGCGGCCCCAAGGUGCAGGGGGCAUCUGUGCUCUUGGACCAAGAAAUCAGCAACCCAAAGGCGGCCGAAGCCACGAUCCGGCGGCUAAAAGCAGCCAAAAUUCCAGAGAGGAACACCCUAGGGUUCAUGUUUGCCUGCGUGGGGAGAGGCCAGAACUACUACCACAACCAGCCUAACGUAGAGGCCGACGCCUUUCACAAGGUGUUCCCCAACACGCCGCUCUUCGGCCUGUUUGGCAACGGCGAGAUUGGCUGCGACCGGAUCGUCAAAGACGACUACACGCUGUGCGACACUGACACGGACAGUCUGCAGCACGAAUACACCACCGUCAUGACCCUGAUCCAUUUGGGCUGACUGACCACUGCCACGGUAGUGAAAGAAAGAAGGAAGGAGGGAGCAAGGAAAUAUUUUCUCCAUGUAAUGGCUCCACAGGGGAAGUUUUGUCCCUCUGAGACUGUAUGUAAACACAGCUUUAUAUUAAAACUAGUGAGUGUCAGUUUUAAUAUUCAGUAUUCAAAUGUGAUUUUCUUGUAAAAUAUAUGUAUAUAUUUUUCCUAAAUCUUUCUCAUAUUCAAGGCCUAUCAUACCCACCGACAUUAACCUCAUGGUCUGUUUUGUUUUGAAGGUGAUUGAAAAUAUACACGCGUGUCCUACAGAGCUGUUGUAGUUGGUGAUUCUGUGCAGACACUUUGUGCAGGAGCGUGGUCCCUCUUCCACACAAUCAAGGCAGUCUUGAUUUAUUUGUUAACCUACUAAUAGGUUAUGGUUGGAUUGGCCACAUGCGCAGUCCGAAUGUUGCAGUGCCUACCCCCCCCCCCCCCCCCCCCCUCCCCGCCUACAUCAGGAUGUAUCUUCUACUACCUUCCAACUAUUGCUUGGUUCAUGGUUAUUGCAUCUCCUGCAGUGUACAAGAAAACCAUCAUCCUAAGAAAGAAUAAUGUUCCCUCCAUAAGUGGCUCGGACAAGCAGAAACUCAAUUUCGCCUGAAUUGAGUCUCCACUCUACUCCUAACUUGAGGAAAUAAUUGUACUUAUACUUUCCAAGGUUAAAAAAGUGUAAUUAGCAGUGAUUAUGAUGUAUUUGGUAUCAUUUCCUAAUAGUUGUUUAUUUUUGAAAUCCUGAUGUUAGACCCUGACUCUAAAUGAAGUCCAGAUUUCACACAUGCCUUUAUAUACAAUAGAAAAUAGAAACCAUUAAUGGUUUCCGAUUGGGUUAUUUUCAAGAUGCUCCAGUCAUUAGUUGAUGCCAUGUGCCUCACUUAGAAAGAAUAGUGUGGCAAUAUCCCCUAUAUGUAACAGGAAGUUGCUGUUGAAGUUCAGCUUUCCAAUCCAAUCGGUUUCAGUGAUUGUUGCAAGAAGAGCUCUUUUUCAAUUAGGAAAUUUCAAAAUAUUGAUUUAAAAAAGUAUAGCAAAUCCUCUUUCUUGAAUACACAAAUAUCCCUAUUAGUCGUUGAGUAAAAUGUAGAAUGUCUUGAGUUUUAUUUCGUGACAAUGCACUUUUCUACAUGUGCCAAUUAAAAGACUAUCUGCUCUGCUCGUGUGCUCAAUAAAUGACGUUCAAUA